AUGCAAGUUUAUAGUCAAAAAAAAGAUCUUUACUUAACAAUACAGAACAUAAAAGCUCAACUUCCAAAAGAAAAAAUACUCAAAAUAGCAAAAGAACAGAAAAACAAGUCAUAUCAACUAAUAAAUGAAAACACAGAGAUGAGAGCUAUUCUAAAUCAAAUCUUGUUUAGACUUAAUCAACUAGAAGACUAG